AUGGGCGGCUGUCGAGGACCCAGUAGUCUCCAUGUGAAGGGCAGACAUGGCUGACGUGUGGGACCACCUACUGCUUCUUCUGCUGACGCAUCAAACAGCGCAUGUCUACUCCCUAGAUAUAUGUAGCCCAACCGUUUCUUGUGCUCAUGGCUAUUACUGCUGCCGUGCUGCUCCCAAUGGAUGCUGCCCAGAAGCCGAGAGGACUGAAGCAACUGCAUGGACAGUCGUUGGAGUGAUGGCUAUGUUAGCAGCUGGUGGAUACGGUUUCUGGAGGUACAAAGUCGCCCAAAGAAUGAUACGCUGGAGGCGGGACGCGGACCGGCCGCCGCUGCCUGCCGCCUCCGGGGGGCGGGCCCUGCCCCCCGCCUCCGUGAGGGCGCUGCCCGCGCCUCCAGGCUGGACUCCGGGCUCUGCCUUCGCCGCCGAGACUCCGCCCCACUCUCCAGACACUGCCUCCCCUUCUGAGACGGCGCCUCUCCUCUCAUAAGGGACGUGUUCCUCUCAUCUCACGAAUUAACCUCUAGCUGUCAACGCAUCAUUAACAUCAACUGCCAUGCUAUUGUCUACACUCUGCAGAAUGACGACGUCAGCUGUUUUUGCUUCCGCUAGUGUAAUCCGUGCAGUAGUGCUGUAAACUGUUUUAACGCUAUGUAUGUGUGUUAUGGAAAAGUAGACAUGAAUGUGACUUUAUAAUGCAAGUGGCGGGAACAGUGGACAAUCGCAAUUAAAUGCGAAAAUGGAAAUCGUAAAACUGUCAUGUGGAAACCUAGAAUUCCUAUCUUAUUGAAGUAACUAUUUUUUUCUUGUGACAAGGCAUUAAUAAUGUCCUGUAUUUAGUAGUAUUUAUCAUUCAAGAAUUUGUUAGAGGUCAGUGAACAAUUUUUAUGUUGCUAA